AACUUCCAGCACAUUGUGCGUCUCCUGAACACCAAUGUGGAGGGCAAGCGCAAGGUGCCCUUUGCGCUCCGCAUGGUGAAGGGCCUUGGUAUUCGCUUUGCGUACAUGGUGUGCAAGAAGGCAGGCAUCGACGUGGAGCGCCGCGCCGGCACUCUGACGGCCGAGGAGCUCGAGAAGAUCUCCGAGGUCAUCGCCGACCCGUCCAAGUUCAAGAUCCCCGACUGGUUCCUCAACCGCCAGCGUGACCCCAAGACCGGCAAGACGGAGCACCUCACCAGUGCCAUGGUUGACACGCGCCUCCGUGAGGACCUGGAGCGCCUGAGGAAGAACCGCGUGCAUCGUGGUGUGCGCCACGCCUACGGUCUCCGCGUCCGUGGCCAGCACACCUGCACGUCGGGUCGCCACGGAAAGACGGUCGGUGUGUCCCGCACAAAGUAA